AAGGCUCACAGCUGCGCGCCGGGCGCCCGGGCCUCUGCGUCUCCCGCCGCUCGGAACGUGUGCUCCUGCGGCGGCGUCAGCUGCAGGCGAGCGGGUCGCGGGGUCGCCUUCAUGCCUCCGGAGCUCUCCCUGGCCUGGGCGUCCUUAGUUAUUUUUCCUCUUUUAACAAUUUUAAGCCCUCCGAGCACUGAUGACCUUUUCUGCUUUUUUUCCUGCUGAUUACCUUUUCUUCUUUUUCAACGUUUAGGGUUUUCUCUGCUGUUUAUUAGUCUUAUUUCUCUUCUCUCGCGUUCCUUUAUUCCCCCCUUGGUCGUCUGUUUCCUUCCCUAGGCCGCAUCUCUGCAUCGCCCUGUCUCUGGUGUAGCUGCUGUAGUUCGCGUGUUAUUUUGUUCUUGCUUCAGAAGAUGUUCUUGCUAGUUUUCAUUGUUCUUUAAGGCUUAAGUGGACGGCCAGGCUAAUCUCUGCCAGUAGAUGGUGAUUUAUUUACCAAGGGUGGUGUCCUCUCUUUGCUCACGCUCUGGGCAGCCACCAGGCACUGGAGUUGACGUUCGUUGAGCGUUUCCAAGGCCUGAAGCUCCACUAAGCGCCUUAGUGUUUGUGACAAGGCUCUGAGGCUCAUGGCCAGAAGCAGGAGGGGGCUUGGCCAGCAAGUGGGAGAAACAACUUGCUGUUCUUCCUAGCUCUCAAAUAGAAAAUGUCUACAGACAGUGGAAGCAUCCAGGCUGCUGAGAACAAGGAGAGAGCCCAGGAGGUUCUAGGUCAUGUGCAUUCCUGUCAAGAAAUGCUCUCUGGGCUGGAGAAGAAGGUGCCCCACAUUAAGACAGAACCAGAAGAGCUGCACCCUGAGGGGACAUCACAGGAGGACAGGGCUGCAGGUGCACGGGGCUGGGUGCCCCUAAGUCCUGGCCCGAAGGAGAAAGUUCUCUUCUUGCCUGGGGGAGCCCUCCCUUCCUCCCGGAUCCCUAUGCCUUCCCGUGAGGGGAGGACCAGAGACCGGCAGAUGGCUGCAGCGCUCCUCACUGCCUGGUCCCAGAUGCCAGUGACCUUUGAGGAUGUGGCCUUAUACCUCUCCCGGGAGGAGUGGGGACGCCUGGACCACACCCAGCAGAACUUCUACAGGGAUGUGCUGCAGAAGAGAAAUGGGCUGGCCUUGGGGUUUCCCUUCAGCAGGCCUCUCUGGACCCCCCAAGUGCAGGGAAAGGGUGAGGCCACCAGCUCCAGCCGGCAGACAGGAGGUGAGAAGGAAGAGAAGAGAGGCCCUGGUUCAGGAACCUUGGAGGUGGGGAAGGAGGUGCCAGUCCCGUCCGGCCCGGGAGCCUUUGGGGACAUGAAGCCCUUGAGAACCAGGCCUGGGUGGACUCCAGGGGGUGUCUCGCAGUGCGGGCUGCAGGGAGCCAGCGGUCAAAGCACUCUCUCAGCCAGAGAUGCCGGACAGCUGGCUCCCCUGGAUGCAAGAGAGCCGAAGCAAGCCCCUCCCGACAACCCUCCCACGAAGCCACUGCAGGGCCACGACCCAGAAAAACCCAACAAGGACGAGAAGGGCGCCCCAGAGAGCGGUGAGGAGGGCCUGGCCCCUGACGGCGACAUAGGCAAGAAGACCUACAAGUGCGAGCAGUGUGGCAAGGGCUUCAGCUGGCACUCGCACCUGGUGACACACCGGCGCACUCACACGGGUGAGAAGCCCUACGCCUGCACGGACUGCGGCAAGCGCUUUGGUCGCAGCUCGCACCUCAUCCAGCACCAGAUCAUCCACACCGGUGAGAAGCCCUACACCUGCCCCUCGUGCUGGAAGAGCUUCAGCCACCACUCGACGCUGAUCCAGCACCAGCGCAUCCACACUGGUGAGAAACCCUACGUGUGCGACUGCUGCGCCAAGCGCUUCACCCGCCGCUCGGACCUGGUCACACACCAGGGCACCCACACCGGUGCCAAGCCGCACAAGUGCCCCAUCUGCGGCAAGUGCUUCACACAGAGCUCAGCCCUGGUCACCCACCAGCGUACCCACACUGGUGUCAAGCCCUACCCGUGCCCAGAGUGUGGCAAGUGCUUCAGCCAGCGCUCCAACCUCAUCGCGCACAACCGCACACAUACAGGCGAGAAGCCCUACCACUGCCUCGACUGUGGCAAGAGCUUCAGCCACAGCUCGCACCUCACUGCCCACCAGCGCACCCACCGCGGCGUUCGGCCCUACUCUUGCCCGCUCUGCGGCAAGAGCUUCAGCCGGCGCUCCAACCUCCACCGGCACGAGAAGAUCCAUACGACUGGGCCCAAGGCCCUGGCCAUGCUGAUGCUGGGAGCUGCAGCUGCUGGGGCUCUGGCUGCACCCCCGCCUGCUCCCACCUAGGGCGGGAGGUGUGCACCCAGGACAGCUGGGACAGCCUCAUUAAAGUCAGGGCCCUGGGUAGAAGCAACAGCCUUUGCUCCUGGCCUAGGCAGCGGUGGUGGGAGCCAAGGGGUGAGAGAAGGGAGCCUGGGAUGUGCAGGUGGAGGGUGGGGCAUGGCAAUGUGGGAGGAGCUUGGGUGAGAAGGCACAGGCACUCUGGCACAAAUUAAAGACCUUGGAAUUCAAGCUCUGGACCGCUGCUCUGUCUCAUGGGUACUGGUGCUGACCCUGGCGAGUGGGGGCUGCUGGGCCAAUCAUGGGUCC